AUGACCGCAAACGAUUCCACCUUGCCCAUUGCAUGGGGCGGUGCAUUACAUGGGCUUCGUCUGUAUUUUGGAAUUGCAGGUCUCGGUUUGGCUCUCUUUCUAACUGGCGUUGAGGCAACCAUCGUGAGCACGUCACUGGUGACCAUCACCAAUGACCUUCAAAAUUCCGGUCAAAGCAGUUGGGUUAUAACCUCCUAUCUGCUUACCUAUACAGGAUUUCUCAUCAUUUGGUCCAAUUGCAGUAAGAUCUUUGGGGUUAAAGCAACCUUACUCACUUCCUUGCUUCUCUUCGUGGCAUUUUCCGGUGGCUGUGCUGGUGCGGAAAGCCUCAACCAACUGAUCAUCUGUCGCGCAUUCCAAGGCCUUGGUGGCGCUGGUGUCUACACCUUGACGCUCUUCUCCUUCGUUCGAAUUGUGCCUUACAAUCAAUAUGACAAGGCUAGCUCUCUCGGCGGUGGAAUUCUAUCGCUCGGCCUUGUCCUCGGCCCUUUACUUGGAGGUGCUAUUGCCAGUACUGGACGCUGGAGCUGGGUUUUCCUGUAUAAUGUUCCGGCGGGUGCUUUUGCUUGGCUUCUGAUUUUAUACGCCAUUCCGGCCCAUUUCCCCCGUUCAUCCCCGGUCCCAACCAACGAGUCAACAUCAAAACAAAUUUGGUUAAACAUAAUGUCUUCUUUCCGCGGGGUAGACAUUCUCGGGGCAUUUCUCAUUUUGACUGCAUGUUCAUUCACCAUUGCUGCUCUCCAGGAGGGAAAUUUUGCGUACCCUUGGACCUCAGGCCUGGUACUCAGUUUCUUGGUGAUCUCAGGUGUCUCCUGGGUUGCCUUUCUCUGGUGGGAGUGGUUCGUUUGUCGGCGUGGUCUGAAAAUCAGCCAACUUUUUCCCUGGCGGCUGACACGUAACCGUGUUUUCAUGGGUAUUGCUCUAGGAUUCUUCACAACCGGUCUGGCCUUGACCGUCUGUGUGAUCAACAUUCCACAGCGAUGUCAAAUUGUCUAUGGAAGCUCACCGAUCGGCGCAGGGGUUAAAUUGCUGUCAUUUUCGCUAAGCUGUCCACUUGGUGUCAUAACCUGCUCUGUGUUGGCAGGGCGGCUUAAACUUCCAUUCUGUUACAUUGCGCUAGUCGGUACAGCCUUCCAGGCUACUGGUCUUUUCCUCUUUUCAGAAAUCGCUUCCAAAACAGAGCUUUGGCCGGGGCAAUUCGGCUACCUGGUGUUGGCUGGGCUAGGGGUAGGUCUGGCGAUGUCCGCAUUCUACAUGGCGGCACCACUUGUGGUAGAUGAAGAGGAUCAAUCCACCGCUCUGGGAAUUGGAAUCCAACUGCGAAUGCUGGGUGGUGUUCUGGGAGUCGCAGCUUCGACCACCAUUCUCUACCAUUUUCUUGAGAGCCGGCUGUCUUCCAACCUGCGACCUUGGGAACUGCGUGCUCUCUUGAAAACGACCGAGGCACUCGCAGGUUUCCCCCCAGAAAUUCAACUUCGUGUGCGUGUGGUUUACGCAAUCGCCUACAACAUGCAGGUAAAGUUGUCGGCUGCAUUUUCAGUGGGUCAGUUAUUGGCCGUGGCGAUGAUUUGGAAGAGACAAAAUGUGCGAUAUCUCAAGGGCUCACUGUCGAACUGA